CCAGCUCUCUGUGCAUGUGACGGGUGGGGCGCUGGCACUGUCAACCCCAGACAUGCUGCUGCUGCUGCUGCUGGCCCUGCUCUGGUGGACGGAGGGGGCCAAGGGCCAGAGGGUGCCCUUGCAGGAUUACUCACUGCGGAUGCAGGGGUCCGUGACUGUGCAAGAGGGCCUGUGUGUGUUUGUGCCCUGCGAUUUCUCCUACCCCCGGGAUAGCUGGACGGUCUUAACCUUUGCUCAUGGCUACUGGUUCCGGGAAGGGGCCAGAGUAAACCAAGAUGCACCAGUGGCCACAAAUGACCCAGAUCGUGAAGUGAACGAGGAGACCCAGGGCCGCUUUCGCCUCCUUGGGGACCCCCGGACCUACAACUGCUCCCUGGACCUCAGAGACGCCAGGAGGAGAGAUGAAGGAAAAUACUUUUUUCGAGUCGAGAAAUAUUCUUACAAAAGUAACCAGCUUAAUUUGCGUGUGACAGCCCUGAACCACACACCUGACAUCAUCAUCCCGGAGACCCUGGAGUCUGGCCGCCCCAGGAACUUGACCUGCUCUGUGCCCUGGGCCUGUGAAAGGGGCACGCCCCCCAUCUUCUCCUGGACAUCGGCUGCCCUCACCUCCCUGGGCCCCAGGGCCCGCCUCUCCUCGGUGCUCACCCUCACUCCACGGCCUCAGGACCAUGGCACCAUCCUCAUUUGUCAGGUGAAGUUCCCUGCAGCUGAUGUGACUGUGGAAACGACCAUCCAGCUCAACGUCACCUACUCUCCACAGAACUUGACCAUCACUGUCUUCCAGGGAAAUGGCACAGCAUCCACAACCCUGAAGAAUGGGUCAUCUCUUUCAGUCCAGGAGGGCCAGUCCCUGCGCCUGGUCUGUGUCGUUGACAGCAACCCUCCUGCUAGGCUGAGCUGGGCCCGUGGGAGCCAGAGUCUGAGCCCUUCACAGCCCUUGAACCCCGGGGUCCUGGAGCUGCCCCAGGUGGAGUCAAGUCAUGAAGGCGAAUUCACCUGCCAAGCUCAGCACCCUCGGGGCUCCCUGCACAUCUCCCUCAGCCUCUCUGUGCAGAGAAAAGUGUGUCCUUUAUCAGGAGCAGCACUGGGGGCCAUCAGUGGAGCAUGUGCUGCAGCCCUGCUCCUCCUGUCCUUCUGCAUCAUCGUCAUCAUAGUGAGGUCCAGAAGGAAGAAAGGAGCAAGCCCAGCAGUGGGUGUGGGGGACAUAGACAUGGAGGGUGCAAAUGCUGUCACGAGAUCAAUCUCUCAGGGUCCCCUGAUUGAAGGCUGGGAAGGCAGCCUCCCAGACCACCUUCCCACAGAGGUGGCUUCCCCCUGCUCAGGAGAGGAAGAGGAGCUCUAUUAUGCAAACCUCAGCUUUUCUGGGAUGAAGCCUCGGGACCCGCAGGAACAGGAGGCCGCUGGUAGUGAGUACUCAGAGAUCAAGAUCCACAAGUGAGCGACUGCAGAGACACGGCCCUGGCUUGAGGGGUCACGGCCCCUGUGGGGCAAAGAACAAGUCAGGAGCUGAUUCCUGUAGUGUUAGACUCCCUCUAAAUAGUGUGAAGAACCCAGGGUUUGGAACCAAAGAGUUUUGAGUUUGAAUCCAAACUCUACCCCUUUACUAAGUAUGUGACGGACCAACUGCUACCUCUCUGUGCCUCAGUUUCUCCGUGAGAACAUGGAUGAGAAGCCCUACUUGCAAGUUCAUGGUGAGAAUUCCAGGAGUCAAAUCCUAUCAGAGCACCUGUCACAAAAUGUGUGUUGAGCACAUGCUGGAUCCUUGUGCUUUGAAUAGAGGGUCACAUUGGGAAAUUCUCUUGAUCUGGAGGGCACCAGCACCAGACUUCAGACCUUUAAUGCUGUGGCCUCUCCUCCUGGCAUGUCCUCCCGCUGGACCUUCUCUGCCUCUGUCUUUGAAAGUCGAGCUCUACAGGUGGACUUCUGGAUUGAGAUAGGAAAGUUAAGCAGCAGCUCAUGAUCCUCCCCUAUAGAGACAAACCAAACAAAUGAGAAAGGUUCCCAAAUGAUCACACGACCAUCUGAUGGAUGAAACUACAUGACCCCCAAAGUUCACCUACAGCACCCAAACGAGGAAAGGAAUAUAUCACAGCAGUUACUUCAUAAAGUAGCCUUGAUGGAGAGAAAUCAAAGGAUUGGAUGAGGCACUAAGAUUCCCUCCAAAUGGACCCCAGGCCAUUUAUAACAGCACCAAAAAAAAAUAAAGUAGCAAGAAGCAAAUUUUUUAUGUAAACAUGCAAUACUUCCACACUGAAAAGUACAGAGUAUUGCUGAGAGAAAUUAAAGAAGAUCCAAAUGAGCGAAGGAAUCUACCAUGUUCAUGGAUGGGAAGACACAAUAUUGUUAAGAUGUUGAUUUUCUCUGUAUUGAUUUAAAGUUGUCCCAGUCAACAGACAUAUAUAUGUGUGUGUGUGUGUGUUUGUGUGUGUGUGUGUAUACGCAUACAUAAGUUGACAAGUUAAUCUAAAAUUUAUAUGGAAAUAUAAAGACCUAGAAUAGUGAAACAGUCUUGAAAAAGAAAAACACAGUUGGAGAAAUAAGACUUUACUGUAACGAUAGACCAAUCAGUAGAGUGUGGUGUGGACAGAAUGGAGUCCAUAAAUAGACCCACACAUUAUACACUGAACAACACCCAGUCUGUUCCAUUGGGAAAGGAAGGACUUCUCAACAAAUGUGAUAGAACCAGUGGGUCAAGUUUUGGAAAAAAGGAACCUUAUAAAUGAUGUAAUUGCUUAUAUACUUGAAAUCAUGCAGUAUGUACUCACGUGGAUUUUUUUCACUCAGUAUUGAGUUAUUUGCGAUUCACCCAUGUUUUGUGCAUGUCAGUAUCUUGUUCCUUUGUUGCUGAGCAGGAUUCCAUUGUAUCACACAUUGUUUACCCAUUUUUAU